AUGGAAAACUUCAAUAAACAAACAGCUCUCCCGGAUGGAAGCGACUCUGUCCUGGCGUCGAUUUGCUAUUGCGCAAAUCUGAAGCUUUUCGAGAAAGAGAAGCCCUAUUAUUGCAAUGUUCCCUGUCCGCCAGGUUAUGCACAAACAAACCAAGAAACUGAACGUCGCUCUGGGAUCAAAUUCACGGACAUGCGAUCUGACUGGGAUGGCUUCAACCUAGAUAAGCAAGGAUUUGAGCCAUUUUGCUUUGAUGCAGAGGGUUGGAAAAGUGACUUCUCGAACGAUGCAGCAAUUGAGACAACCUACUACCCGUUUGUUGAGUCACUACUCAAAAGGCGCUUUGGGAACGUCCGUGUGCAAAUAUUUGAUCAUACAGUUCGCAAGCGAGACCCAACUAUUCAAACUGGCGCAGUAGGGGAGAAUAUCAACCGCCAGCCUAGCGUAUGUGCUCAUGUUGAUCAGACAUUCUUAAGUGGUGUUAAUCGGAUUAAACUCCAUAUGAAGGCCGAGGCAACGGACUUACUGAAAGGCCGCUGCCAAAUCAUCAAGGUUGUUAUUGCCGAAUUAGGGAUUAACCAGCAACUGAACAGUGUCUGGAAACCUCUCUUUGAGCCUCUUGAGGAUUAUCCCUUGGCGUUGUGCGACUACCGGACUGUUAACAUUGACCGAGAUCUUCUUGCAGCCGAUCUCGUCUUUCCUCACUAUGUAGGUGAGCAGUUCUACUGCAAGUAUGACCCUGAUCACCAGUGGUAUUUCUUGAAUCAUCAGCGGAUGAACGAAUUUCUGUUAUUCAAAUGCUACGAAAGCCGCGAAAACGUGGCAAGGUGCAAGUGUUGCGAACCCAGUGACGGGCUAGUUGCUCCACACGCUGCGUUCAAGAACCCGCUUUGUCCAGAAGGUGCGAGAUUUCGAGAAAGUAUCGAAGUGCGAUGUAUGAUUUUCUACGACACGGAUGCCUGA